AAUCACAAGUCUUGAAGUGAGUGUGGCACACACCAACGCUGUUCCGGUCAGCAGCGCUCCAUCAGAAGCGACAAUCCGGUCUUCCCUUUGAUCUGACUCUCAUCGCCUUCCUGUCCGCGUUUCAGCACAUUCGUCGCCUGCUUGACCGCAUCAGCCCUCUCACAUCUAACUGGGCCACCAUGUCGCUCUUCCGCAGCGCAAUCCGCGCGCCUCUUCGCGUCGCGGGACCUUCGUGCGGGGCCGCACCGGCAGCUCGACGUGGUCUCGCCACUGCUCGUGAGGAAAGGCCAGAGCAAGCGAAUAGCCCUUGGGCCAAGUCCAGCCCUUCAGCCCCCACAACUGCUUCCCACACGGUCGAGGAGCUGCAUGGACUAAGCAUCGAUGAGAUUCUCAAAGAAGGAGGAUCGCGAAAGGAAGCUAGUAUGCGUCACUUUACCAUCAACUUUGGACCUCAACAUCCCGCAGCGCACGGGGUGCUUCGGCUGAUUGUGGAAUUGAAUGGCGAGCAGGUGCUCCGCGUGGAUCCCCACGUCGGCUUGUUGCACCGCGGCACAGAGAAGCUCAUCGAGUACAAGAACUACACUCAGGCGCUUCCCUACUUCGACCGACUCGACUAUGUCAGCAUGAUGACCAACGAGCUCUGCUACUCGCGAGCCGUCGAGAAGCUGCUCAACAUCGAGGUUCCCGAAAGAGCGAAAUGGAUCAGGACGCUGUUUGGAGAGAUCACCCGCAUUCUCAACCACUGCAUGGCCGUCCUCUCGCACGUGAUGGAUGUCGGAGGUCUUACGCCAUUCCUCUGGGCUUUCGAGGAGCGUGAAAAGCUGAUGGAGUUCUACGAGCGAGUCUCUGGCGCACGUCUGCACGCGGCUUACGUGCGACCGGGAGGAGUGGCGUUCGAUCUGCCACACGGUCUUCUGGACGACAUUCACAAGUGGGCGACACAAUUCUCAUCGAGAGUAGAUGAGAUCGAGGAGGUUGUCACUGGCAACCGUAUCUGGAAGAUGCGUACCAUUGGCGUGGGCAAGGUGACCGCGCAGCAAGCUCUUGACUACGGCUUUUCUGGACCCAUGCUUCGCGGUUCGGGAAUUCCUUGGGACAUUAGGAAAGUCGCCCCGUACGAUGCGUACGACCAGGUGGAGUUUGACGUGCCAGUCGGCAAGAAUGGUGACUGCUACGACAGAUACCUCUGUCGCGUGGAAGAGUUCAGACAGAGCUUGCGCAUCAUCGAGCAGUGCUUGAACAAGAUGCCCGCUGGCCAGUACAAGGUGGACGACUACAAGAUCGUGCCUCCUCCCCGUGCCACCAUGAAGGAGAGCAUGGAGGGUCUCAUCGCCCACUUCAAGCAAUUUUCUGAAGGAUACAAUGUUCCACCUGGCGAGACGUACUCGGCGAUCGAAGCGCCAAAGGGGGAGAUGGGUGUUUAUCUCGUUUCGGACGGAUCUAACAGGCCAUACCGGUGCAAGAUCAGAGCCCCAGGAUUCGCGCACUUGGCAGGAGCGAAUAUGAUGUCUCAAGGGUUGCAGCUUGCAGAUUUGUGUGCCAUCAUUGGGACUCAAGAUCUCGUGUUCGGCGAAGUUGACCGUUAGAUUGCGCCUUAGGUGCUCCCCACGCUCUCGCUGUGAUGUUCCACAUAUUCUGAUUGCAAUCUUUUCUUUUGGCAUCUGACGG